CUCUUCCACACCAUCCUUUCCAAGGGCCCUGAUCCCACAGAUCCAGGCACUGAGACAGAGGAAAGUCUCGGAGCGACCGACUCCACCCACGCAUGGCAGAUUCUCAAGGCUUUGAAACUAGCACAUUGGAUGUUUUUGAAGCUCCUGUCACCAGUUCCGCCCCUCGGCCUCACCCCCAGUCACCCAGGAGACCUCAGCAUCCUCUUCCACCUCGUCUAAACAUCUUGGCCCCACCUGCUCAAGAGUUGGGACCCCCUGCUCAAGUCCAGCGGCUCCCGGUUCGACGGCCGUCAGUGGGACGAGGCCUCCAGCUUUCUUCUGGAAUGGCCAGUAGUGCACAACAUUUCUAUGAGGAUGAUGACAGGAUUGUUCCUAGUACCCCUACACUUCCUCCUCCUCGCUCAGACGGAUUUGCUGAAGCUAUCCAUUCUCCACAGGUGGCAGGCGUGUCACGAUUUCGCUUUGGUCCUUCGGAUGAUCUCCCACAGACCAGCUCCUCUCACUCAGAUCUCGGCCAGCUUGCGUCACAAGGUUUAGGCAUGUAUGACAGUUCUGUUUUCCUUGGAGCUCAUGAGGAAGAGUCAGGAGGCCGCAGUGUGCCCACAACCCCACUACAGAUUUCCGCUCCAGUGACAAUUUUAUCAGAAACCUUGGCAUCUGAAGCGAUUGAGCAUGCUUCUCAGUCUGUGCCCAUGGUGAGCACCUCCACACCCAGCCUUAGUGCUCCUGCAGGCCCGAGUGGAGUGGAGGAGAGAGAUGACAUGUUCAUGGACGCAGGAGACAGUGCUGAGGCUUCACUUGAGGCUGUGUCACAGACUGAGGCGGAGGAACUAGCCCAGCCAUCAGAUGAGGCCAGUCUGCCUUCCACAAGCCAGGAACCUUCAUCUAGUUCUGCAGACACAAGCAGCUCUCAGCCUCCUAAAGUCAGAACGGGAUCUGGGAGACAGUGGACUGCUGGUCGUGGUUCUAGGAGCUUUGUAAGGAGAGAUGGCGUCACAGGUAUGAGGGGACGUUUUGCCAGGUGAAGCAGCUCUGGAGCAACACAUUCUCUCCAAAAGAACACAACCGUACCUUUGUUCUGCUUUAAGGCUAUGUAUUUUAAGCUUCGUUUGUUAGUUUAAUGCUCAGAGCAAUCCAUUAAUAUUAAUUGAAUGAUUUUACAUCCGUACAUCCAUAAUAAACAUUUUUUGAAGAAAA